AUGCCUGACGUUGAAGUUCAACGAAUCGACGCCGUAGCUAUCCCAGGUUCAGCUUGGCAGGGAUCAACGUUCGAGGAUCCAAGCUCGGUUAUAGAGCACUUCUACAGCAAAUAUGCAUUGCCAAAUGAAAAACUCAACACAAAAGGCGCUGACCCCUUCGUCACUGAUCCAAAAGGAGAUGGUGCUAAUUCAAGGAAAAAAGGCGCCGCCUCUGCCAACAAUAGACGCUGA